AUGUCUAGAAACUCCGCACAGAACUCGAGCACCGUCGCGACUGUCCAUGAUCACGAGAAAAGCGUGCAGUUGAGCUUGCGGCUGAAUCGCUGGAUACUGAAGCCGAUCGGCGCGUGGCCGAAAUCGGCUGAUCUCUCGUGGAUAGAGAAAUUCAUGUACUUUCUGGUAAACGUAAUCUGUAUCAGUCUGAUCGGCUUCCUCUUCGUGCCCUGCACCGUCCACAUGGUGUUUGAAGUCGACGACGCGUACACCAUAUUGAAGAUCCUGGGGCAUCUGGCCUUCUGCCUGAUGGCCUUCGUGAAGUACGUCUCGAUGAUUUGGCGCGAGAACGACAUUCAUAUGGGCAUCAAGCAAAUCGAGGACGACUGGACGACCACCCGGCAUUACAGCGAUCGGGCCAUCAUGAUCGACAACGCGAAGUUCGGCCGCCGCUUCGUGAUGAUCAGCGCGACCUUCCAUUACGGCAACGCCGUGUUCUAUUACCUCGUACUGCCGAUUAUGAACAAGAUCACGGAGGACAAUGGGAACCUGACGUAUCGGCCACUGGUGUUUCCGGUCGCCCGGAUGAUCGUCGACGUGCGAUACAGCCCCGCCAACGAGAUCUUCUUCUGGGGGCAGUUGAUGUCGGGUCUAGUCGCGCAUGCCGUCACGGCCGGCGCUUGCAGCUUGGCCGCUAUGCUCGCGAUGCACGCUUACGGUCGCCUGAAAGUUCUAGCGCAUUGGAUCGAGCAUCUGGUGGACGGACGAGACGACUUUUGCGUUAGCAUAGACAAAAGGUUGAUAAUGAUUGUGCAGCAGCACAUUCGGAUCUUACGUUUCAUAUCGCAUACGGACAGGAUCUUGCGCGAAAUAGCUUUCGUGGAAAUUGCAGGAUGUACGUUAAACAUUUGUUUGCUUGGAUAUUAUGCUCUGACGGUACGCAUAUCGUGUAACAAGUACGUGUCGCAAAAUGUAUCUCUUGUUUUUCGAGUAAAAUUAGAGAUUGUUGCAGUGCAGUUGCAAAAUAUUCAGCAAUAUGCAUAA